AUGCCGCGCUCUCAAUAUCUUCUUCCCUUGCUCCUUCCCUGGUUGGCUGCAGCAGGUCCCCUACCUGGUAAUACUAAUCUAGUCCCAACUACCGAUUCUACUACGCAUGCGAACCAUAUAUUCAAUGCGAUUCAUAAUUCCAUGCGCCAAUUUGGUUCGUCGCUGAAUCACAAUGGCAUGUCUCUCUUCAUUGCUACAGUCCCUGAAGGCACGGAGCUUUAUCAUGGAACAUCAAACAAGGACCGUGUCAAUGGUACACAAUGGCUUGCCUUUGAGCCUGAGCAUGCUUUGAUCUUCGCUCGAGGUCGUCGGGGACCGCCACCUGGUCAUCCGCCUGGUGAUGGUCAUGCGCCUCCUCCUGGAGAGGAAGAUGAUGAAUCUGAUAUGCCUUACCACCCGGAGGAAUUUUCAAGUCACUCAAAGCCCAUCAACGAAGGCAACGAGGAGAAAAAUCAUUCAGACUCAGGAUACUUGCACACCUACCGUACGAGACACAGCCUUCGCCUGCUUUACGUCGAUGGACAAUCCGCCGCAAAGUCUAGUAAAGGAACUCUUGAUACCCAGGAUGUGCUGCUUUUGGAGGACAGCAUAGACCACGACUCGGGUAUGUUUGGCGAGAGAGAGCGCGCAGCUCAGUUGUGCAAGCUGGCUCAUGAGAGAUGGAAUGAUCGAGUCGAUGGUAUCCUCCGUAUGGAAGGUGGAUUCGAAAUCAUCUUGUGCGACUUUGCUGCUCAUCUUGAUGUUGUUAGCAUUGCCAAGACAAAUCCCAAGGCUGGCGGUGGCUUUGGCGGUGGCGGUGACAAUGGCGAUGGCUUCAAUUACUACCGCGCUAUUGCCGCUCGUUAUCAUGGUAUUGGCGGAGGUCGAGCGGUGCUCGACUAUGAGGGAUUCGUCUCUACCUUUGCGUAUCCAGAAGCCAUGUUCUUUGACGAUACUGGUCGUCCUCGUCUCAACAACGGAUCUGCUGCGAUCGAUGAUCUUCGCCGAGCUGUGGACAAGAUGAUUCUUCGAAAAGGCGAUAACAUCGAGGCUGUCGAUUGGCAAGCCAUUGUUGACAUGGUUGUCGCACGUUACGCUGAUCGCAUCGAGUACCUAGCCUCAGGCUCGUUGAAGUCUCUCGCGGCAUUGCAAUCAGAAAUCGAGCGUGCACUGCGCCCUUUCAUCGACUACAAUGCCCGCAACAGCAGUUCAGAGAUCGAAAGAUGCGCCUCGCAGUUCAUGCCUAACCCUGUUUCCAGAACAUCGACGAAUGUGGCAGCUCAGGCGAUUCGACAAGUGACAAAUACCUUAUGCUCCAGCUUUUUGACCGCAUCUGAGCAAACAGAAUACACUACCGCUCUGGAGCAGAUCAAGCAGUUGAAAGAGUACCUGGCAUGGACAACGUGGAAGCAAUGCCGUGGCUGUGCGGCCGAUGAGAUUUGCUUUCUGCCCAUCUGGCCUGUUGGUACAGCGGAGGACUUUGAACAGCCAAAAUGCAGGUCUGAUGUGAGUCUUGGACCUGGUCGAGGUGAAGGCGAUCGAUAUUGGAACGACUUUGGGGGACCUGGACGUAAAGGUCCUGGACCACACAAGCGUGGAAAGAUAGACGUCUGA